GUGCAUCGGACGGUUGAUACUCCCCAGAUCGUUGCGCUCACCAACCCUCUCACUCACUCUCUCUCUCUCUACCCUUUUUGUCCUGUCUCUCGCUCUCUUCACUACAGCUACUGUGUCUUUCUCCCUCCUCCUCUACCCCUUCUGAGAGCUCCCAUCGAAGAGCUCGGUUUUCUCGGCGAAAAUGGCGGAAUCGAUCGCCGAUCGCGGUAAAAAUGGGCGGCGGAGUCGUAAAGCUCGCGCCUUUUGGCCGUGAUCUCUCGGAUUCCUGCUUCAAUUCGAGCUCUCCACCGCCUCUGUUUGGGGUUUUAGAGCGAUCGCUCCCGACACUAGGAUUUAGAUUUUGUUUUUUAUUGAGGAAUAGUGUGCAUCGCUGCUCUAAUGGCGAAAGUUCUGUAUUUUUUAGCUAGAACAUGCCUUUUUGGGGGCGUUUUAUGAGGAUUUGAGCUGGUAAAGUUGAUAUCUUUUGCUCGAAUGAUCUCCUUCUCUUUCCAUUAGAAUGGUCACAGAGCCCCUAAGCAUGUUGUCGGAGAUAAGAGCGGGGAGUGGCGGUGGCGGUGGUGGGGGCGGAGGAGAGGCGUUCAGUGGUGAGGGUUUAGGGAACGAUCUUAGCUUCCUCCUCUGCGAGCAACAACGAAGGCAAGAGGCCGACGAUCGCGAGGGAGAGCUCAGCAUUUUCCGCAGCGGCUCCGCUCCGCCCACUGUCGAGGGCUCCCUCAAUGCGGUCGCAGAGCUCUCCCGCGAGCAAAACGGGAAUUGGCUCUUGUCGGAGGAGGAGGAGCUUCGAUCCGAUCCGAACUACCUAUCCUACUACUUCUCGCAUGUUAACCUAAACCCCAGGCUGCCGCCCCCGGUCCUGUCCAAGGAGGAUUGGAGGUCGACGCAGCGGCUGAAGGCCGGGAACUCGGUUUUCGGAGGGAUCGGCGAUAGGAGGAAACAGAGCACCGCGGAGAACGCGGAAGGCCAAUCGCUGUUUUCGAAUCAGCCGGGGUUUAGUUCAAGGGAGUGGGUAGACGAAGGAGGAGAUGGUUUGAUUGGAUUGUCGUUAGGUCGCCAGAAGAGUUUUGCCGAAAUCCUUCAGGAUGAUCUUGGCCGCAAAACUCCCAAUUCAGAGCAUCCAUCUCGCACUGCAAGUCGAAAUGCAUUUGCCGAAGGUCCAGAUUCAUUGCAUUCUUCUGAGACCCCUUUUUCAUUGAAUAAUGAUGUAUUUUCCAUAGAUGCACAACAAAAUCUGGCUGGGCCUAACAAAAUUAGUUCAGCGACAUCUCAUACUUUUGCCUCUGUCCUCAACUCAUCUCUUUCGAGAAGCAACACUCCUGUUGGUGCUCGUCUUAACGCCUCUGAGAAGGAGCUUAAUGAUCCUUCUCCCUUCAACAGUGCCCCCAAUAUAGUGGAAUCUGAUGAUAUUUUGGCCGCUUUGUCGGGCAUUAAUUUGUCUACGACUGGUGCUAUGAACGAUGAUCACCGAAGUUUCCUUUUUGAUUCACAAGGCGGAGAAAACCAUAGAAAGCAGCAAUCUGCAUCGAAGAAAUCUGAUUCAGAAUACUUAACUCUGCCAUCGCAGUCAUCGAACUCUUCAUUUCGAGAUCUACAGGAGUUGAGAAAUCCAGCACUAAGAUCAGAUGGUCCCGUUGAAAUGCGAAAGCCUGCUAUAUCGGCUCGUUCUUAUCAGAAAUCGCCUUCCUUAACUUCUGUUGCCAGCCCAGGUGGUUCACCUGGCCCGUAUAACAAUCUUGAUAGCCCAAAUAAGUCUUUUAUGAACUAUGGUGUAGGUGGGUUUUCUCUUAAUAGUUCGAUCCAACAAAUGAUGGUCAAUCCUUUUGGUUCUGGAAAUUUGCCCCCUCUUUUUGAAAGUGCUGCCGCCGCCUCUGCUAUGAAUAGUAAUAUUUUCUCACCACCAACUUUAUCUGUAUCAGAAAUGCAAACUCUGGGCCGAAUCGGUAAUGUAGAUCCACUUUAUGCUCAGUACUUAAAGGCAGCUGAGUACGCAGCACAAGCUGCGGGCAAUUGCAGUGAUCUUUCUUUAGAAAGAGCUUACAUGGCUAAUUCUUAUGCUGAUUUUCGUGGGAUUCAGAGAGCUUAUGGUGGGGCUCUUCUUCAAGCGCAAAAGCAGUAUGACGUGCCCCUUGUAGGUAAAAAUGCGGCGUUGAACCAUGGGUACUAUGGCAAUCCGGCUUUCGGGAUGGGCUUGUCUUAUCCAGUAAGCCCAUUGGGUGGUUCAAUACCUUCUCCUGCUGGUCCUGGCAGCCCUAUGAGGCUCAGUGACCGGAACAUGCGAUUUUCUUCUGGACUGAGAAAUUUGGGUGGGGUCUAUUGGGCUUCUGACCAAGCUGGCCUAAACAUGGACGAAAGCUUUCCAUCUUCGCUUUUAGAGGAGUUCAAGAGCAACAAAACCAGAUGUUUUGAGCUUGCUGAGAUUGCUGGCCAUGUGGUUGAGUUCAGUUCUGACCAGUAUGGAAGCCGCUUUAUACAGCAGAAACUGGAAACAGCGACGGCUGAAGAAAAGAACAUGGUGUUUGAAGAAAUAAUGCCUCAUGCUCUCUCACUGAUGACUGAUGUGUUUGGAAACUAUGUUGUCCAAAAGUUCUUUGAACACGGAAGUGCAGCUCAGAGAAGGGAAUUGGCAAACCAACUUAAUGGGCACGUUUUAGCUCUCAGCCUUCAGAUGUAUGGAUGUCGAGUUAUCCAAAAAGCAAUAGAGGUCGUUGAUCUUGACCAGAAGACAAAAAUGGUAACAGAACUUGAUGGCCAUAUCAUGAGAUGCGUACGUGACCAAAACGGAAACCAUGUUAUCCAGAAAUGCAUCGAGUGUGUCCCUCAGGAAUCAAUUCAGUUCAUUAUCUCAACUUUUUAUGAUCAAGUUGUGACGCUGUCCACUCAUCCAUAUGGUUGCCGUGUCAUACAGAGAGUUUUGGAGCACUGUGAUGAUCCUAAAACCCAAAAGAUCGUGAUGGAUGAGAUAUUGCAGUCUGCUUGCCUGUUGGCACAAGAUCAAUAUGGAAAUUAUGUCGUCCAGCAUGUUUUGGAGCAUGGGAAGCCUCAUGAACGAUCUGCUAUUAUUACAAAAUUAGCUGGACAGAUCGUUCAGAUGAGCCAACAAAAGUUUGCAUCGAAUGUUGUUGAGAAGUGCUUAUCUUUUGGUGGUCCCACAGAACGUCAGAUUUUGAUUAAUGAGAUGCUUGGAACUACUGAAGAAAAUGAGCCUCUCCAGGCCAUGAUGAAAGACCAGUUCGCCAACUAUGUUGUACAGAAAGUGUUGGAGACCUGUGAUGAUCAGCAACGAGAGCUGAUCCUGUCACGAAUAAAGGUCCAUUUGAACGCACUCAAGAAAUAUACCUACGGAAAGCAUAUAGUUGCCCGUGUAGAGAAACUCGUCGCCGCUGGCGAGAGGAGGAUUGGGCUUCAGUCCCCAUAUCCCUCUUAGAAGAAGGCAUAGAGGUGAAGUUGUACAGCUAACUGGGAGGCUAGUGAGAGGCCUCUUUUAUCUGUCUGUUUAGGGCCGGUACGAUGUAGCUGCAAAUAAGAGGAAAAAUGUUUGCAUGUACUUAAAAAUUUGUACAUUCUGUAGUGUGAGUUUAGAGCAAAUUAUGCGAAAGAGGCUCAGACAGUUAAUUUAAUUACCUGAUGCCCCUGCUGAGGAGUUAGGCGUCUGUAUAAGGUUUUCAAUGGGUGUAAAGAGACAGUAGAGAAAGUUUAGUUCAAUAUGUCGACGAGACUGUACAAAUGUGGCGAAUGCGGCGAGCUAUCUGUUGUUUAUGAGGGAAUGUUUGGUUCUGUUUCUUUCUGCUACUCAGUGGAGUUUUCACUUAAUUAUAAACAAUUUUCUAAUUCAGGUUUUAAUUUUCUGAGUUA